CGAGCCGGAGCCCGAGGCGACGGGAGCCGAACGGGAGCCGCCGAAGCCACCGCCGGGUGCCCAGCGCCGCCGCCGCCCCCGAACUGCCCCGCGCCCCUGCCCGCGGGCGGCUGGUGGGCAGCGGGCGCCAUGGCCGCUCCGGAGCCGCUGCGGCCGCGCCUGUGCCGCCUGGUGCGCGGAGAGCAGGGCUACGGCUUCCACCUGCACGGCGAGAAGGGCCGCCGCGGGCAGUUCAUCCGGCGCGUGGAACCCGGUUCCCCCGCCGAGGCCGCGGCGCUGCGCGCUGGGGACCGCCUGGUCGAGGUCAACGGCGUCAACGUGGAGGGCGAGACGCACCACCAGGUGGUGCAGAGGAUCAAGGCUGUGGAGGGGCAGACCCGGUUGCUGGUGGUGGACCAGGAGACAGAUGAGGAGCUCCGCCGGCGGCAGCUGACCUGCACUGAGGAGAUGGCCCAGCGAGGGCUCCCGCCCGCCCACGACCCCUGGGAGCCAAAGCCAGACUGGGCACACAUGGGUGGCCGCAGCUCCGACGCUGGCAAGAAGGAUGUCAGUGGGCCCCUGAGGGAGCUGCGCCCUCGGCUCUGCCACCUGCAAAAGGGACCUCAGGGCUAUGGGUUCAACCUGCAUAGUGACAAGUCCCGGCCCGGCCAGUACAUCCGCUCGGUGGACCUGGGCUCACCUGCUGCCCGCUCUGGCCUCCGCGCCCAGGACCGGCUUAUUGAGGUGAACGGGCAGAAUGUGGAGGGGCUGCGCCACGCUGAGGUGGUGGCCAGCAUCAAGGCACGGGAGGAUGAGGCCCGGCUGCUGGUGGUGGACCCCGAGACAGAUGAGCACUUCAAGCGGCUUCGGGUCACACCCACCGAGGAGCAUGUGGAAGGUCCUCUGCCAUCACCCGUGACCAACGGAACCAGCCCUGUCCAGCUCAAUGGUGGCUCUGCGUGCUCGUCCCGAAGUGACCUUCCUGGUUCUGACAAGGACACUGAGGAUGGCAGUGCCUGGAAGCGAGACCCCUUCCAGGAGAGCGGCCUCCACCUGAGCCCCACGGCGGCCGAGGCCAAGGAGAAGGCUCGAGCCACGCGAGUCAACAAGCGCGCGCCGCAGAUGGACUGGAACAGGAAGCGCGAAAUCUUCAGCAACUUCUGAGCCCCUUCCUGCCUGUCUCGGGGCCCUGGGACCCCUCCUGCACGGACCUUGGGCCUCAGCCUGCCCCGAGCUCCCCAAGCCUCAGUGGACUGGAGGGUGGUCCUGCCACUGCCCAGAAAUCAGCCCCAGCCCCCAUGAGCCCCCGUCCUGCCCUUGCCUGCCAGGUACUGGGGGCCUGUGGCAGCAAGAUGUGGGGAGAGAGACCCAGAGAUGUGAGAGAGAGGCAGAGACAGACACACAGAGAGAGAGAGAGAGCGAGAGAGCGAGAGAGAGAGCGAGCGAGAGAGAGAGAGAGAGAGAGCGAGCGAGCGACAGA